AUGAUCGUCGAACCUGUACUGGAGUGUUUGUCGUUGACGCGGGUCGCGUGUGGAUUGGGGGUUCUGCUGGUCGCGGCGACCCUGGCUUACGCCAUCUACAACGCCUUCUUCCACCCCCUCCGCCGCAUCCCGGGACCAUUCCUCGCAGGCCUCACGCCCUGGGUACAGCUAUACCACGGUCUGAAAGGCGACCGCCACCUGUGGCUGCACGGGUUACACGCUCAGUACGGGAGCCAUGUGCGCGCGGCCCCCAAUUUCAUAUCUGUCAACACCGACCGCGGCCUGCACGACAUCUAUGGGCACGGGAAGCGUCUCCAGAAGGCUGACUUCUACAAUGCCUUCCCCGCCAUCAAGGGCGUGUAUAACACGCACAAUGCGAUCGAUAAGACGAUGCAUGGCCGCAAGCGGAGAGUGCUGAGCCAGGCGUUUUCGGACCAUGCGCUCAAGGGGAUGGAGGAUGUUAUGCUCUUGCAUGUACGGCAGCUUUGUGCUGUGCUGGCGGGACAUGAUGGGGGAGACUCCGAUGGGGAUGAUUUUGACGAAGAGAGGAAGGGGGCCGUGGUGCGCAAUAUGGGCGACUGGUUUAGCUACCUGACCUACGAUGUGAUGGGCGAGUUGUGUUUCGGGAAGAGCUUUGACAUGCUCGUCUCCCGGGGCAAGAGACACAUGGUGAGGCUUGUUGAUCGCGCCGCGAACAGACACUAUGUGUGCGGGCUCUGGAUGCCACUGGACAGCUGGCACCUGGACCAGAUCUUCAUCCGACAACUAACGCGCGACCGAUGGAACUUCAUCAUGAACUCGCGUGUCGAAGCCAGCGCGCGGGCCAAAGAGCGUGCUCAGGCCGGCCGCGAAGCAAAAAAGGACUUCUUCUACUACCUGCUCAACGCGACGGACCCGGAAACGGGCAAGGGACUGAGCACGCCCGAGCUAUGGGGCGAGGCGAACGUGCUGAUGAUCGCGGGCAGCGACACGACGUCAACCACGUUGGCCGCGGCGCUGUUCUACCUCGUGCGCCGGCCAGCGGCGCUGUCGAAACUGAGCGCUGAGGUGCGCGGGGCGUUCAACGAAGUCGAAGAGAUUGUUAGCGGCGCGCGACUGAACGAGCUAGUCUACCUGAAAGCAGUCCUCGACGAAGCUCUGCGUCUCGCACCCGCCGUGCCCGGCGCGAUUCCGCGCGAGGUGAUGGCCGGCGGAGCAGUGGUGGACGGGGUGUUCCUGCCAGUCGGCACAAACUGUGGCACGCCGACGUACUCAAUACACCGGCAAGAGGCAUACUACCGGGCGGCGGGGACCUUCCUACCGGAACGGUGGAUCGAGGGUGCAGAGUGCGAAGCAGCCAACGCAAAAUGGACCACAACCAAGGAAGAGGUUGACACGGCGCGGCGGGCAUUCUGUCCGUUUAGCAUCGGGCCGCGCGGGUGCAUUGGUAAGAGCAUGGCGUUCAUGGAGAUGCGGGUGACAUUGGCAAGACUGGUGUUUCUGUUUGAGAUGGCCCUGGCUGACCGGGUAGGCGAGGAUGAUCAGGGCCAUUUGGCGCUGGUGGAUCACUUUACCAGUGCGAAAAACGGGCCGAAUGUGGCGUUUCGCCGCAGGUAA